AGCGCUCGCCGGUGCCAGCCUUUCCCGCGGUUCCACCCUCCAGCGUGUGAUCGUCUUGUUGCUGGCACUGCGGGACGUGCUGGCACCCCCAGCUUUGCUAGCCUCGGGUCUCUGCGGUCCCCUCUCCCUGCAGGCCCCCUCCUUCUGCGCGGCCGCGCAUACACUCCCUCCUUGCUCCCUCCUCUCCAGCACUCCCAGGCUCACUCGCACUGGAGACCGGAGACUUGAAAGUCCAGCCGUUUUAAGUAGCAACAGCUCCAGCCCCGCCAGCUGCAACCAGAAAAAGAAAAAAGAAAAAGAAAGAAAGCCGAGAAUUUCACAAGCGCAGGUUGUCGCUGCGGCGGCAGGAGUUGCUCCACCAGGGAGAAGGUCCUGAGCAGCAUGGCCCGGAGAAGCGCUGUCCCAGCUUUUGCGCUCCGGCUCUGGAGCAUCCUACCUUGCCUACUCUUCCUGCGAGCAGAUGCUGGGCAGCCGCCAGAGGAGAGUUUGUACCUGUGGAUCGACGCCCAUCAGGCGAGAGUGCUCAUAGGAUUUGAAGAAGAUAUUCUGAUUGUCUCAGAGGGGAAAAUGGCCCCCUUCACACAUGAUUUCAGGAAAGCCCAACAGAGAAUGCCAGCCAUUCCUGUCAAUAUCCACUCCAUGAAUUUUACCUGGCAAGCGGUGGGGCAGGCAGAAUACUUCUAUGAAUUCCUCUCUCUUCGCUCCCUGGAUAAAGGCAUCAUGGCAGACCCAACUGUCAAUGUCCCUCUGCUGGGAACAGUGCCUCACAAGGCAUCAGUUGUGCAGGUUGGUUUCCCGUGUCUUGGCAAACAGGAUGGUGUGGCAGCAUUUGAAGUGAACGUGAUUGUCAUGAACUCUGAAGGCAACACCAUCCUUCAGACCCCUCAAAAUGCUAUCUUCUUUAAAACAUGUCAGCAAGCCGAGUGUCCCGGAGGGUGUCGGAACGGAGGCUUCUGUAACAAAAGGCGGGUCUGUGAGUGUCCCGAUGGCUUCUACGGGCCUCACUGUGAGAAAGCUCUCUGCAUACCUCGGUGUUUGAAUGGCGGCCUGUGUGUCACUCCUGGCUUCUGCAUCUGCCCACCUGGAUUCUAUGGAGUCAACUGUGAUAAAGCAAACUGCUCGACUACUUGCCUUAAUGGGGGUACCUGCUUCUACCCAGGAAAAUGCAUUUGCCCUCCAGGACUCGAGGGAGAGCACUGUGAGAUGAGCAAAUGCCCACAGCCCUGCCGAAAUGGAGGGAAAUGCAUUGGGAAAAGCAAAUGCAAGUGUCCCAAAGGUUACCAAGGAGACCUCUGUUCUAAGCCCGUCUGCGAGCCUGGCUGCGGAGCUCACGGAACCUGCCACGAGCCCAACAAAUGCCAGUGUCGAGAAGGCUGGCACGGAAGACACUGCAAUAAAAGGUACGGAGCCAGCCUCAUGCAUGCCCCGAGGCCAGCAGGCGCCAGGCAGGAGCAGCACACGCCUCCCCUUAAAAAGGCCGAGGAGCCACAGGAUCCACCUGAAUCCAAUUACAUCUGGUGAACUCCACCAGCUGAAACGGCUCAAGUUACACUAAGUUCGUAGGCUUCGUUAACCUUUCAUGUGUUGAACGUUCAAGUGAUGCUCACUACACUUUAGAAUACUGGCCUGAAUUUUAUUAGCUUCGUUAUAAAUCACUGAGCUGAUAUUUACUCUUCCUUUUAGGCUUUCUAAGUAUGUCUGGCAUGGUGGUAUAGAUUUUCCUCCGUCGGUCCUUUGGAACAGAUCUUACGUCAGUUGAUCACAUUAAGAAUUUGUCUUUUUGGUGUGUAGUUGGCAGAUAUUUGAAAAUUAAAAUGCAUUUGUGGUAUGAGGGUGGGGAAUAAAUAUUAGAGGGUUAAACUGGCAAAGAUACAUAAAUCACAAGGGUUUGGAUAAAACAGUUAAUAGUAUUAAAGCUACAGCAUUUCAAAUUUUAUUGUCAAAUAUCUGGACAAUAUUUGAAAUAGUUAAUAUUUCAAUUGCCCUCCCUUAUCCUGAGGUGCAUACAAUAUUAUUUCGCCCUUACUAUUAUUCUAGACAGUUUAGUUUUGAGGGGGAACAAAGUAAAAAAAAAUUACACUGUGUUAGUGGCAUUUAAACAAUAUAAUAUAUUGUAAACACAACGAAAUAAGGAAUAUAAUGUAUGAAGUCUUUUCAUUGGAUGGAAACAAUAUAAUAUAUUGUAAACGAAACAUGGCUCUUACAUAAUAAACGUUUUAUACUGUUUGUAUGUAGGAAACAAAAAAAGGCA